CAAUACAUUAUAUUUCAGCCUCGACAAUAAACUAAUUCUGAAACCUUCUAAAUAUUAAAAUUACCGUUGAGUAGUUCUACGUUUACAGUCGAAAAAUAAUUAUUAUUUAUGUCUCUUCCGCACUUGUGUGUUGACAAAUUUUCAGUGAUAAUUUAUUAAUUUUUUUGUUACUUUGACGUGUGACGGAAAAAAAAAUGUUUUAAGUAUACACGUUGCCAACAAAUGCAUGGAGAGCACACACAUCUUUAGAUCAAGUAGGCUAAAGACUCCGCUUACAGCAUGCUACUUACAAUACUAGCGGUCAUUCUAUACAGCGCACCAGUCGCGCUGUCAUUGGACAAUAAAGAAGUCCCCGAGGAUGGGCGACUAAAUUUCACCGGUCUCGCCCUUAAAUACGCGGGAGCGGUCCAAGAAUACGACGUCACUACAGAAGAUGGAUACGUCCUUAAAAUAUACCGCAUCCCUGGUGAUAACACGAAACCUCUGCUCCUCAUGCACGGCAUUCUAGCCACUUCAGAUGAUUUCAUCAUAAGCGGCAACGACUCUUUGGCUGUGUCAUUGAAAAAUGAAGGUUAUGACAUUUGGUUCGGCAAUUAUAGGGGGAACAGGUACUCCCGCCGGCAUAUGACUCUCGAUCCUGACGCGAAUUCCACUUUCUGGUACUUCGGACCGCACGAACAUGGCUAUCACGACUUGGCAACGUCAAUAGAUUUCGUUCUGAACAGGACAGGUGUGAAACAACUGUCUUUGAUUGGAUAUUCCGAAGGUACCAUGAUAGCAUACAUCCUCGCAGCUGAACGACCGGAAUACAACGACAAGAUUAAAGUAUUCAUCGCUAUGGCGCCGAUUUGCCACGUGGACAAGAUGAUAGAAAGACACCCUGUGUUAGUCGAGAUAGGGUUUAUAUUCAUCAAGUUAUUUAAGCAUUUCAAAGUGGAAGAAAUAGCCGGAUUCGACAGUAUUACCGGCGCUAUGACAAGAAGCUUCUGCGGUCAUAACGCUAUAGGUAUUAAGGUGUGCCGUCAAAUACUAUUUCUAGUUUCAGGCAACGACCCGGAGGGCUUAAUUCCUGAAUUUAUGUCGACCCUGUUCUGGCACUAUCCAGUCGGUACUUCUAGAACUAACUUGGAGCAUUUCCUGCAGAUAAUGGCGUCUAAACGGUUCGCGAAAUUCGAUUACGGUCCGGUGGAAAAUUUGAGGAGGUAUAAAUCUAAAUUGCCUCCGGAAUAUGAUCUGAGUAAAGUUACAAUGAGUAAAUAUUUGAUCGCUGCUAGAAAUGAUCGCUUGUCAGCGCUCGGCGACAGUGGACGCCAGGCUAAGGAACUGCCUAAUGUGAUGGAGUACACGUUUGUUGACAGCGAUUCAUUCAAUCAUAUAGAUUUCCUAUGGAGCCGACAAUCGCGACAAUACGUCCACCCGAAAGUGUUGAAAAUUUUGAAAGAGUAUAAUUCUUAAUUGUUAAUUUUCUAUAAAACUAUUAAUAUAAGAGUUU